UAUCAGACAGUAAUGAGAGCGCGCUUGAACAAGGAUCCCUCCGCAUUCAUUUUUUUAGUCAUCAAAACAGACAACCUGAACGUUAGGCUAUGCCGGCAGAUGGACAGAAGGGCGUCGAUGGAGGUAUGCUGCCUGAUGCCAACGGGCGGGACGAGGACCCCAGCGGGCAGAAGGAGAGUGACAGGAAGUGGCAGAAGCCGCACAUCUCCCGCAAGUCCCUGAUGAAAUGCUGUCUGGUCAAAUGGAUCAUCGCCAGUGCGGCGCCCCAGGGCUCAAAUGACAGCACUGACAGUGAUCUGGAGUUGGCCAUGGUUCGACAUCAGCCAGAGGGCUUGGAGCAGCUCCAGGCUCAGACCAAGUUCACUAGGAAGGAGCUGCAGUCGCUCUACAGAGGCUUCAAAAACGAGUGUCCCAGUGGAUUGGUGGAUGAGGAGACGUUUAAAUCAAUCUAUUCCCAGUUCUUCCCUCAAGGAGAUGCAACCACAUACGCACACUUCCUUUUCAAUGCUUUUGACAUGGACCGAAAUGGCUCUAUUCGUUUUGAGGACUUUGUAAUCGGCCUGUCUGUUCUGCUUCGAGGUUCUGUGACAGAGAAACUGAGGUGGGCCUUUAACCUGUAUGACAUUAAUAAAGAUGGCUACAUCACCAGAGAGGAAAUGCUGGCUAUCAUGAAGUCCAUCUAUGACAUGAUGGGCAGGUACACCUUUCCUUGUGUAAAAGAUGAUGCUGCAUUUGAACACGUGGAGAAAUUCUUCCAGGAUGAGAACAUUAUGAGCUCCAUGCAGCUGUUUGAGAAUGUCAUCUAG